AUGGAAGGAGGGUCAUCGAAUACGCUCGAGACAGCCGUAAAAAGUUCAACUUCAGAAGACCUUGGAACUAAGACAAAAGCGCAAAUCCAUGAGCCAUUGCUCGACAAUGAUGGGCAGCCCAUAGACAUGGGUGACACAAAAGAUCCAGAAAGUUCUAUUCCAAUUGAUGAAAAUCAGCAUGACGAAUCAGACAUGAGAAUCUUGCCAGACUUGAAUGUUUACCAAAAUAAAAAAACUGCAGGCACUGGAAUGAUGGAUGUUGCACUCUUAGUCACAAAUGUCAAUCAACUGCGUCACAUUAUUAGCACUUUCGACAAAAAUCCAUUCUUCUUCAUCAGCAUAACACUUGUCAUUGCCAGUAUAAUUUUGCAAAUUGUCGUUGGCGUUUUUCUCAUUCUUAAUUCGCGUUACGAUGUGAAAGAAAGAGACGAGGUUUGCAAAGCUAACAGAAUUAACAAUUGGAUAACAACUUUGAUUUUUAUAAUCACCGCUAUUAACAUUAUGCUUAGUGCCUUUGAAAUUCCUGAUAUGAACCUUUGA